AUGGUUGCGACAAAGGCGAACGAGGAUACCCAGCUACACACGGCGGAUGUACCUGAUGCAUCACCUUCAUGGCAAGAACUUGAUGAGAUCUGGGCCAAAAAUGCCGUUGUCCCAGAAUCUAUCACGGGGUGCGUUCAUGACCUGAUUACUGAGGUAACGCAAAAGCAACCACAAGCCCUCGCUGUGUGCGCGUGGGAUGGAGACUUUACCUAUGCUCAGCUAUCCACCUUGAGUGACCAUGUCGCUCAUAAUCUCUGUGACAUGGGAAAUUUACCGGGAUCCCCAGUUACCCUUCUUUUCCCCAAGUCACGAUGGACAUGCGUCGCCAUGUUGGGUAUCAUCAAAGCCGGAUGCGCGGCCAUUGCCCUUGACUCCACUCAUCCAGAUGCAAGACUUCGAUCUAUUAUUAGGCAUGCGCAGCCAAAAACAAUGAUCUGUGGCUCAGCUACUCGAAACAGAGUAUCUCUCUUGUGCGAAUUACCCAUCCUUCAGCUCGACGAUAGUCUUCUGGAGGUUGCGGGUACGAUGAAACAGCAGACGCUUGAUUUGCCUGUGGUAUCGCCGAAGGACACAGUCUAUAUAUCUUUUACCUCCGGAACUACAGGGGAACCGAAAGGAGCCUGUAUUAGCCAUGCCAACGUGAGAAGUGCUGUACAUCACCAGGGCAAGGCUCUUGGCUUCCAUCAAGAGUCCCGCGUCUUUGACUUUGCACCUUACUCCUUUGACGUGGCCUGGAGUAAUGUUCUUCAUACGUUGUGCGCAGGUGGCUGUCUGUGCGUUGCCAACGAGCAAGAUAUGGUGAAUAACCUAUCGGCUGCUCUCACGGCCUUUGCGGCUACUCUGAUUAAUGUCACUCCCACUGUAUUGCGAACAAUGAGUUCGGUCCCACCGACGCUUCAAACCGUCCUUUUAAGUGGAGAGAUGCCGUAUCGAGACAAUAUUACUCAAUGGGCUGACCGUGUUCGUCUGCUCAAUACAUACGGCCCCACCGAGUGUACCUGGAAAUGUACCUUCUCGCGGCUUGAUCGCUGCGAGGAAGGCCGGCCGGGUAUUGGAAAAGGACUCGGAUUCUGCCUUUGGAUUGUCAACCCCAACGAUAGCAGCCAGCUUGUUCCUCCUGCAACUCCGGGAGAGCUGUAUCUCGAGGGACCCAUGGUUGGCCAAGGUUAUCUGUCCAAUCAAGAAAAGACCAGCGAAGCGUUCUUCGAUAACCCACCGUGGCUUUUGUCCGGGAGUCCUGGCGUCCCGGGACGGCAAGGUCGUCUAUACAGGACCGGAGACCUAGUCAAGACCCGCUCCGAUGGAAGCAUCCUGUUCCUAGGCCGGAAAGAUGUUUCUCAAUUGAAGAUUAGAGGUCAACGAAUUGAGAUUGGCGAUGUGGAGCAUCAUGCGCGUGCAUGUAUGAAUGAUGCACUGACAAUCAUUGCCGAUAUCGUGCUACCCCAGGGAAGCGAGACAGCACUGCUUGCGCUCUUUGUGCAGGUCAGGAAUCAGGAUGCUAAGACAGUCAAGACCGUGAUGAGUAGACUUGUGCAUGAUCUAGAGAGUGUAUUGCCAGCAUUUAUGCUCCCAAGCAUCUAUCUCCCUGUCGAAGAGAUACCAGUCGCUGCCACCGGCAAAGUCGACCGGCGAAGACUGCGAGAGCUGGGAGUUAGCUUGUCUUUGGAACAGCUUCUUCAAAUGCAGUCAACCAUCCUUCCUAUCCAAGAAUACUGUAGCCCAUCAACUGUUAUGGAGCAGCAGCUUCGUGACCUCUGGGCGCACGUAUUAAAUAUACCAUCGACUGGAAUUAGCACCAAAGAUAGUUUCCUCCGCUUAGGAGGGGAUUCAGUUGCAGCCAUGCUGUUGGUCGCCGCAGCACGAAAUGCCAAUUUAUCCAUCACAGUGGCAGAUGUGUUCAAGAGUCCAGUGCUGAGUGACCUUGCGCUCGUGAUCAAGGAUUCUUUUUUUUCUGAGGGAGACGAAAUUACCCCAUUCUCUCUGGUGGACCGUCCUUCGGAUAUUCAAAAGAUGCGCGAGGAGGCUGCUGGGCUGUGCAAUAUUGAAUUGGCUCAAGUCGAAGAUAUAUAUCCGUGCACCGCACUUCAACAGGGCAUGCUGUCUGUCACAGCUCGAAGUGAGACCAAUAACGUUGCACGGACACUAUUUGAGCUUCCAAAGCACACUGAUCUCUCCCGGUUGGAAAGGGCAUGGUUAAGGACCGUGCACCAGACAUCAAUUCUGCGGACACGAGUCGUAGACCUGACCAGCAAUGGUUUGGUUCAAGUUGUUGUCGACUCCCCUAUCGUGCUAGAUCGAUACGACAACAUCACCGACUUUGUCGAAAACUCCAUUCCGAUGGGAUUGGGGGUCCCGUUGUGCCGGGCUGGACUAAUUUCUGGAGAGUCCCCUAGCUUGAUUGUGGAAAUGCACCAUUCAAUCUUCGAUGGCUGGUCCACCAAGCUCAUAUUGGAUGCUAUUGAAGCUGAAUACCAUGAGAACGCAACCCGAUCGCCCCUCGUGCCCUUCCAAUCAUUCGUGAAAUAUACGAAAGGGAUUGACAAGGACACCUCAUUGCUCUAUUGGAAGGCCUACCUGGACGGAGGGUCUGAAACGAAAACUUUCCCGUCUCCAGGCUAUCGGCCAGGGAAAAAGCUCGACUUCAACCAUGGCGUCUCUGAAAUGCCAUGGAGAAACUCGGGGACAACACCAUCAUCGGUCGUUAGAGCAGCACUUGCCUUGUUACUGGCUUCAUAUACCAAUUGUAACGAUGUCAGGUAUGGUGCCACGGUCAGUGGGCGACAGGCCACCGUGGCCGGGAUCGAACGAAUUGCAGGGCCGACAAUCGCUACAGUACCAGUCCGUGCUAAAUUUGAUUGGAAUCAAACAGUCGAGAGUUGGCUUGAACAGGUUCAAAGACAAACAGUGGAGGCCACCGAGCACGAACAGCUAGGCCUGCAACAAAUUGCUGGAUCGGUCGAGGAUGCCAACCUUUUCCAGCUCCUCCUGGUGGUCCAGCCAGCUGAGCAGGCAAACAGGCAAGAGGGCGACGGUCUUUUCAGCCGUGCUAGUAGCAUUGUUAGCAGUUAUGACCAACCCGGCAGUUUGCAAAUCGUUUGCAAGGGUGGAGAAGCUGACACUGUGGGCAUGUACAACCCAUAUGCGAUGAUGAUCAUCUGCCAAUUGCACGAGUCAGGAGUUGAACUGAAGAUUAAUUUUGAUUCUGGUGCCAUUGCAGCCAAACAAGUCCAGAGGAUGUCAAAACAAUUUGACCAUUUACUGCGGCAGCUAUGCUCGGAGGAGUGUUCUCACAUGAACCUACGCGAUAUCACUGUCGUCACCAAGGAUGACUUGGCUGACAUUUGGACAUGGAAUGCAGCGCGCCCGGAGCCCAAGUUCGAGUCUAUCACUGAUUGUCUCCAUCGGCAAAGCGAAGCAAAACCAGAAGCAGUUUUGAUAUCUGCGUGGGACCAGCAGUUAACAGUGCAGCAGGUGCAGGUGUGGUCUGUAACUCUGGCCGGUCGACUUCUCCACGAAGGUGUACUUCCUGGGUCCAUCGUUAUCCUGGCCUUUGAGAAAAGCGCUUGGCAGGCGGUGAUGAUGCUUGCAGCCCUCAGAGUUGGUGCGAUUGUUCUGCCGAUGUCUGUACCAGUUUCGAAAACUCGAGCCCUGCAAAUUGUGGAGAGCUUGCACCCCCAACUAGCUGUUACCUCCACAUCGUCUGAUUUAUCUCCAUUCCGCGAAUUGAUUCCAGUGCUCAAUAUCGCUGAUCUCACCACACCCGAUACGAAAGUUUCCGAUGUUGUUGUCAGAUCCUCUCCAUAUUGCCACCUACCCAGUGAUCUUGCUCUUCUUCUUUUUACUUCAGGAUCCACAGGAGCCCCAAAGGCCAUUGCCUGGAGUCACGGCGCCUUAUCGACUAACGUCCAAGCCGCAAUCGUGUCAUUUGGACUGACCGAUACGAGCCGAGUCUUCCAGUUUUCCGGUUACGAUUUUGAUGUGAGCACAGUAGAGACUUUGGCUACCUUGCUUGCUGGGGGUUGCUUGUGCAUCCCAUCAGAGACAGACCGGAAGAACCGGCUGACCGAUACAAUCAAUGGCUGCAACACCAAUUGGAUCUGUUUGACCCCGUCUGUGUCAGAGACCAUGAGCCCGGGUGAUUUGCCAUCUCUGCGAACAGUGGUAUUUGCGGGCGAGACGCUCGAGCAAAAGACUGCUCUUCGAUGGCUAGACACACAGAAAACCGUACAUAACUGGUACGGCCCAGCAGAAGCCUCGGUCGCUACUUCGUGUCUUGUGGAUCAUGACAGUUGGCGCCCAGGUAUGAUCGGGCAAGGUCGCGCCGGGAUAGCGUGGCUUGUCGAUCCGAAAGACCCAAACUUACUAGCUCCAGUGGGAGCAGUGGCCGAGUUGUGUAUGGAGGGACCUAUGCUGGCUCAAUAUGCUGGAGCUAAUGGCGCUGUGCUGAACAAAGAGAGCUUUAUUUCCCCAUCGUGGCUGCAAGAUGGCCACUGGAAGACCCCUGGUCGACUAGGUCCAGUUUAUCGUACCGGGGAUCUGGUCGCCUACGACUCAGACAGUCGUAUCACCUACCUUGGGCGACUCCAUGAUUCUCAGCGAAAGAUUCGAGGCCAGCGGAUUGACCUAGGAGAGAUAGAGCGGUGCAUCCAAGACUUUUUGACCGGUCUAGUGGACACAAUGCUUGUCGCAGAGAUAUUUUCCCCGGCUUGCAGUGACAACGAUACUUUGGCCCUGUUCAUCAGUCCUGCUGAUGCUGUUAACCGCGCAGAUCCCCAAGCAUAUCUUCAAAGGGCAUGGCCGGUCGAUGCUGUGGAGAAUCAUCUUGCGAGCAUUCUACCGUCGUAUAUGAUUCCCAGGGUGUACGUACCGCUUAGUGAACUUCCUAUCGGUCCGACAGGAAAGACAGACAGGCGACAAUUGCGAGAGAUUGGAGGUUCCUUCACGUUGGCGCAACUGGCAGAGAUGCAACCAACCCGAAAGCAAACCAGAGAGGUGACCACGGAGAACGAGAAAAUAUUGCAGCAAAUAUGGGCUCAUGUGCUGGAGGUUGAGCCGGAUGUUAUCUAUGCGACCGGACAUUUCCUUCGCUUGGGAGGAGACUCGAUCAGCGCCAUGCGCCUCGUUGGAAUGGCCCGUACCCAGGGAUUUUCGCUUACUGUUGCUGAUGUGUUCGAUUUUCCUGAGCUAGAGAAGAUGGUCGAGAAAAUGGUCAACGGUGAAAGUCAUGCGGAUAUAGACAUUCCGGCGUUCUCCCUUUUACCCCUUGGGAUGGACGAGUCACACUGUCGAUCAUUUAUUUCUCAAAUUUGUUCGGUCUCGAAAGAUCAAGUUCUUGAUGUCUACCCCUGUACAGCACUUCAGGAGGGAUUGCUGGCGCUCGGAGCCAGACGACAGGGCCAAUAUGUAUCCCGUAGUGUAUUACCACUUCAAAGCGAUAUUGAUCCAGACAGACUCAAGAGUGCCUGGGAAACGACAAUCGCCAAGUUGUCUAUUAUGCGGACGCGAAUCGUGGAUCUGCCCGGCAAAGGUCUUGUGCAGGUCGUCCUAAAUGACACACCCUGGAGAUCGGGUCAAAACAUUCAGCAGUACUUGCAGGAUGAUGAGAGGGAGCCGAUGGCCCUAGGAACCCAGCUCUGUCGUGCAGCCAUCAUCAAUCGCACGUUCAUCUUCACCAUUCAUCACUGCUUGUACGAUGGCAGCUCACUGCCCAUGAUUCUCGAAGAACUCCAGGCACAAUAUUACCAGCAGCCGGGAAGGACAAUCACUGGAGUGGAGCAUUUUAUUCAUCAUUUGAACCAGAUAAAUACCGAGGAGUCGGACGAUUUCUGGAGGGCCCAGCUGUCUCGCGCUGAGUUCCGUUCAUUCCCUGUUCUGCCAUCCAGCACGUAUGAGCCACAAGCCAGUGACUUCAUAGAGCAUUCGGUUGCUCUGGACUGGCCUUCCAAGGGAGCAACCCCAUCCACGAUUCUCCGCGCAGCGUGGGCGAUCCUCGAAUCACAGUAUGUGGCCUCCAACGAUGUAAUUUUCGGGGUGACAGUGAGUGGACGACAGGCAAAUAUAAACGGCAUGGAAAACUGCGUAGCGCCAACUAUUGCAACGGUUCCAAUUGCCGUAUCAAUCGAUUGGGAGAAUACGGUUGAGACAUUCCUUCAAGGAGUCCAGAGACAAGGGCUAGAUAUCAUGCCCUAUGAGCAAUAUGGCUUGCCAAAUAUUCAACGAGCCAACGGGGACCUCAAUGCCGGGUUGUUCCAGACUUUGCUGGUGGUCCAGCCAAUAGCUACAGGGAACAGCCUGCAUGAGAAUAGUCGGUUGUUCAAGGCACGCAGCUUCGCCUCCAGUUUGAGCACCAUGGGGAUCGAUCCGUUCAAUGUCUAUGGCUUAAUGAUCAUAUGUCAGCUUACUGCCUCAGGGGUCAACAUUCAAAUGAGCUUUGAUCCAAACAUGACCGACAAGCUGCAGAUGAAACACAUUGUCCAUCAGCUGGAGACAGUCAUCCGCCAGUUGUGCACAAAGUCCCCCGACAGGAUGACACUGAACACCAUCCAGACAGUAAGUGAGAUCGAUGUGGAGCGCUUCUGGGACCAGAACGCAGAACCACCCCCGGAGCCAAGCACAUUCGUACAUGACAAGAUUACUCUAUGUGCCAGAACGGACCCCGAGGCUAUCGCCGUUGACGCAUGGGACGGUCAGUUCACAUACGGCGAGCUGGACCAAAUCUCAACGGUUAUCGCGCACAAGUUACAUCGGCAUCUGGGUGUCAAGAAAGGGUCUGUUGUGCCCUUGUGCUUUGUUAAGUCUCGAUACAUGCCGCUGGCUCAGGUUGCCGCCUGGAAAGCCGGUGCAGUGACCCUACUACAAUCAGCAGAUAUGCCAGAGCAGAGAAUGGAUCGCACUUUCCAACACCUUGGUGUAGAGGUUGCGCUGGCUUCACCCGAGCGUUUGGCGACAGUCUCGAAGUACGCUCGGUGUAUUACCAUGGAGCAAAUUUUGGAGACCCCGUUGGAAGAAAUAAUCACGCCACUACCAGCCCUUGAGAUGGAUGACCCAGCCUCAAUUCUGGUGUCCUCUGGUAGCACGGGUGAACCAAAACAUGUUCUCUGGAGUCAUCGAGCGCUGGCCGCAAACGCGGAGGAACCGACCCUGCGUUUGUCGGUAAACCCCUCUUCACGCAUCUUCCAAUUCUCAUCAUACGAUUUCGAUGUCGCCACCCUGGAAACGAUCAUUGGUCUGACUCACACGGCUUGUCUAUGUAUUCCAUCAGAAACUCAACGCCUCAAUGGUAUCGCGGCUGCAAUUAAUCACUUUGGAGCGAGCUGGGCCUUUAUCACCCCGUCCACCGCCCGGUCGCUGCGUCCGCAAGAUGUACCAGGGUUGUCCACUAUUGUGAUGGGGGGUGAAAACGUGUUGCAGAGCGAUGUCGAAAGGUGGAAAGGGCACUGUGCUGUCCGCAAUUGGUACGGGCCUGCCGAAUUCCCUGCAGUUACCGUCUACCCGGCCGAUGAGCCCAAUUGGUCCAGCGGCGUCAUUGCACACAUUGACUCGUGCCGCUGCUGGCUUGUAGACCCUCAAAACCGACACAGGCUUGUUCCAUUUGGUGCGAUCGGUGAGAUCGUGGUGCAGGGACCUGCACUCGCUAGUGGCUAUGUCGGAAAUACGUCCCUCACAGAAAAGCAUUUUUACCACAAUCCCACAUUCCUCUGUCGAGGUCUCGGGGCUGCUCGCCCAGGAAGGCAGGGUUGUGCCUAUCGAACAGGAGAUUUGGCUCGAUUUAACUCCGACGGCUAUCUGGUGUUCUUGGGGCGAAAGGAUACCCAACUCAAAGUACUUGGUCAACUAGUGGUGCCCAAAGAGGUCGAGACCCAGAUUCGACAAUGUCUUGAUUCGCCAGGCGAACAGACUGAGGUCAUCGUCGAUACCAUCACACCCCCAGGUGGAGGCGGAGUGAUACUCGUAGCGUUCAUCGUCACCCAAGAGGAUAUAGGGCAGUUAACCAGUGGACUGAGCCAGAAGCUUCAGGCUGUUCUUCCUCGCUACGCAGUCCCAUCGUGGUAUAUCGCACUUUCAUGUGUUCCGUUGACUACAAACGGGAAACGAGAUCGAAGGCGACUGCUUGAGAUUGCUGCGUCGUCCACUCCAUCCAGCCAAGGACCCACGGGACGGCUACCAGUCACGACCGCCGAGAUCACGUUAGCGAGGUUGUGGUCUCUCACUCUAGGUAUGGAACAGGAGACAAUUUUGGCUACCGACAGCUUUUUGCAGAUCGGCAACUCCAUUGAUGCCAUGCGAUUGGUAGGUACCGCUCGCCAAGAAGGCCUGUUGCUCACUGUCGCCGGGGUGAUGGAAUUCCCCAUCUUAAAAGAGAUGGCCAGCCUGUUGCAAAACCUCGAGGAUGUACCGGAUGACAGCAUUGAGCCUUUUACACUGUUGGAUCCUGGCCUAGAUCAGAAGCUCGCCCGCCACCAGGCAGCAUCCGCUUGUACCGUCAACGAGGCCGAUAUUGAAGAUCUAUUCCCUUGCACCUCGCUACAGACAGGUCUACUAGCUUUAACAACCAAGUCAGGCGGGGAUUACACCGGUCGCAAUGUGCAGGAGCUAGGGCUUUUGAUAGAUGCCUACCGCUUCAAACACGCUUGGGAAGAGCUGGUGCGCGUCGUGCCUAUUCUCCGCACACGAAUCGUCGAUCUUCCUGGGCAGGGAUUUGUUCAAGUCGUGGUCAGAGAAAAAGCCGCCUGGAGCAAUGCCGGGAGCGUGGAAGAGUACCUGAGCCAAGAUCAUCGGUAUCCCAUGGGGUUGGGAACCCCUCUGAUGCGUUGCGGGUUGUUCUCAUACAAGUCAACUAAUGAAGUGUCCGGUGCUUCUGGUCCAGUGCGCUGGUCCUUUGCAUUGACUAUGCAUCAUUCCAUAUAUGAUGGGCCGACCUCAGCCAUGAUAAUGGACACGUUGAAGAGUCUUUAUAAUGGGGAAACGCCUCUUCGACUAUGUCCGUUCCAGAGUUUCGUCAAAUACGCAUGCGGUCAGAACAAGGAAGCCGCAGCCAACUUUUGGAAGACACAAUUUAAAGGCUGUGAAGCUUCGCAAUUUCCACGGCUUCCCUCCGAUACUUACCAGCCAAGAACAAAUUCUACCCGAACUGUCGUAAUCGACAAUGUCAAAUGGCGAACGGAUGGGUUCACUCCUUCUACCAUCAUCCGCGGAGCAUUCAGCCUUGUAUGCGGCCUAUACGCGAUCUCGUCCGACGUGGUGUUCGGCACAGUGGUCAUGGGUCGCAAAGCCCCCAUUCAGGGUACGGAGAGGAUUGCAGGCCCAACCAUCGCCACAGUUCCUGUGCGUGUGCAGAUCAAAAGUGAUGCCACAGUUCCACAAUUUCUCCAGUCUAUCCAGGAUCAAGAGCGAGAGAUGGUCCCCCAUGAGCAAACAGGAUUGUCGAACAUCCGGCAAGUCAGCACUCCGGCAAAAGAAGCAUGUCGCUUCCAGACCUUGCUCGUGAUCCAACCACCCGAGCAGGCUAUGGACGAUACUGGCUUAUUUGUCUGCCAGCCUGCUGAGCAGGAUGAGGCCACCCGAUACCAUAGCUUUAGCUCUUAUGCGUUAUCGGUAGUGUGCAACCUGGAGCCAGGUCGGCUGAAGGUCGAAUUCUGCUAUGACUCUGCCAUCAUCCAGUCAGAAACAAUUCAAACCAUGGCAGCUCACUUAGACCAGGCCCUUCGGAGCAUGUGGACACAGGGGUUGCGGCAUACUACGCUGGGAGAUGUAAACCUGAUGACACAGUCUCAUCUGAAUGACAUCUGGACGUGGAACGCGAACUUGCCUGCCGCUAUAGAUCGAUGCAUGCAUGAUCUAAUCAAAGAAGUAGUGCAACGGCAGCCUGACGCAGUGGCCAUCUCUGGGUGGGAUGGUAGUUUAACAUAUGCUGAGUUAGAUCGGAUGUCAACGAGGCUCGCAGGUCAUCUGGUGCGGAUGGGUGUGAGAAAGAACAUGAUUGUGCCGCUUUGCUUUGAGAAGAGCUUGUACGCCAUGCUCGCUAUUCUUGGAGUUAUAAAAGCUGGCGGCGCCACUCUGCUAUUGGAUCCAUCGUUGCCAGAUUCUCGUCUUGAUGGUAUAUUGAAGCAGGUGAACCCCAUCGUUUUAUUAUCGUCUAUCUCCCAGGAACAGCGCUGUUCCCGAUGGGUGCCUUGUCCAGUGGCCUUGGGCAAGGGAUCGACCUUCUUUGAGGUGGAUGGGGUGAAUGGAACCGCCGAAAGCCACAAUCUGCCGUCCGUAUCUCCAGAUGAUCUUUUAUACACCGUCUUUACAAGUGGUAGUACCGGAACCCCCAAAGGAUGUCUCAUGCGUCACCAACAAUUCACCAGUGCAGUCGCCCAUCAGCAAGCCACGCUUGAAAUGAAUCGAACGACACGCUUGUACGAUUUUUCCUCCUAUUCCUUUGAUGCAGUCUACUGGUCCCUCUUUCAUGUAUGGAACGCUGGAGGCACCCUAUGUAUCCCCAGCGAGGAAGAACGGAAAAGCGAUCUGACCGAGAGCAUGCGCCGGUUUGAGACGACGCAUAUUUUCUUAACUCCCUCUACUGCGCGGUUCAUAGACCCACAGCGUAUUCCUACCCUGCGCUAUCUCUUUCUCGGGGGUGAGGCGGUCUUGCCAGAGGAUCUCGCUCGAUGGUCGCCACAUGUCGACACAUUCGAGGUAUAUGGACCUUCGGAAUGCUCUGCUAUUGUCCUCUAUCAUCGAGUUCCCAAGGCAACAGCCGCUACUGGCCACUCUAUUGGCAAAGGCAUUGGCGUCCUGACUUGGGUGGUGGACCCAGGCAACCAAGACCGACUAGCACCUCUUGGAACGGUAGGUGAGCUAUACCUCGAGGGGCCUCUAGUGGGACAAGGUUACUUCCAGAACGAAGAGAAAACAGCAGCCGCCUUCAUUGAGGAUCCAUACUGGUUAGGUCAGGGCUCCCCCGAUGGAUCAGUGCCGGGACGGCGUGGUCGGCUGUAUAAAACUGGUGACCUUGUCAAAUAUCAUCCGCUCACUGGAGAUAUCGCGUUCGUGGGCCGAAAGGAUACACAGGUGAAACUGCGAGGCCAACGCAUCGAGCUUGCAGAUGUUGAGCAUCAUGUCAUACAGUGCUUGAUGGAUCGAUCUGCGUCAGGAACUCCGCCAACGGCAGUGGCAGAGGUUAUAGAGCCAAUCGCCACAGGUCGGCCGAUGCUUGCCGUUUUUAUCGAUUGCGACCAAGGACAGUUGGCCGACUUGCUGCCUUCGCUCGAAGCUGAGUUGCCGAACCGGGUCCCAUCUUACAUGGUACCUGCAACUUACAUCGCAACCCCAUCUAUGCCGAUGGCAGUGAGUGGUAAGACCGACCGACGACGGCUGCGCGAGAUGGGUUCCAGUUUGACUCUAGAAUUCUUGGCGCGCAACGAUGGCCCUGCAACUACCUUGGCCCCCAGCACAACCUCUGAGUGCCACCUACAAACUUUAUGGGUUGAAGUCCUCGGUGUACCCGCCGAGAAGAUCGGGGCUGAAAGCAGCUUCGUUCGUCUGGGCGGCGACUCCAUUUCGGCGAUGCGGUUGGCCUCUUUGGCUCGUAUGCAAGGGCUAGGCUUAUCGGUUCAUGAUAUUCUAACCACGCCGCGAUUGUCGGAGAUGGCACAGGCAAUGUCAGCCUUGAUCUCUACAGAAGCCAACGAGGUGGAAGUGGUCAAUCCCUUCUCUCUCCUGAAGCACCCCACGGAACAAAACAUUAUCUUGGAUGACUUCGCCAGCCAAUGCCAUAUCCACGUCAGUCAAAUUGAAGACAUCUUCCCUUGCACGGGUGUCCAAAAGUCGCUGCUCUCCAUGACCGCCAAGCGCGCCAACUCGUAUGUCGCUCGACUCUUGCUCAAGCUGAGGAAGAAUGUCGAUGUGUCACGUCUCAUGAAUGCAUGGGAAAUGGUGAGUAGGACUUCUGCCCCUAUCCUUCGUUCACGAAUUGUGGACUGUCCAAGGGAGGGGCUCGUGCAAGGUAUAGUGGAUGAACCGCUACACUGGGACGUCACUCAACCACUGCAGCAAUAUCUCCAAAAAUAUCAAACCAGGCCCAUGGGCCUUGCCACCCCGUUGACUCGGCUUGCCAUUGUGGAAGACGAUCGCAGCCAGGACACUUAUUGCCUGCUAACCCAGCAUCAUGCGAUAUAUGAUGGUUAUUCAUUGAACCUUCUCGUGGAGGAGGUGUCCAAGGCUUACGAUGCCGGCCUUGGUGAUCAUACUCCAGUGGCAUCGUUCCAAGCUUUCAUCAAGUAUGUGAUGGCAAUUGAUUAUGAUAAGACAAAGGACUUCUGGAGUCGUCAAUUCGCAAAUUUUGAGGCAAUUCCCUUUCCAGCAUUGCCUCAUGCGGAUCAUCAACCCAAAGCAGAUAGCACAGUACGACGUAGUUUGGAGGUAUUCCAGUGGCCACAGCGAGAUGUCACUCCGUCAACCAUCAUCCGUGCAUCAUGGGCCAUCCUCACUGCGCGCUACAUGGACUCGGACGAUGUAGUUUUUGGCGCCAUGGUUACGGGCCGACAGGCUCCUCUCCAAGGUCUAGACCGCAUAGUCGCUCCUCUUAUAAAUGCUGUGCCUGUCCGAGUCAAACUUGACUUCCAAGAAUCCGUGGAUAGUCUGCUCGCUAACAUCCAAAGGCAGUCUAUUGACAUGAUUGCCUACGAGCAGACAGAGGUUCUUACAAUUCGGCGCAUUGACACAAACACCGAUCGUGGAAGCCGAUUCAAUACUCUUCUCGUUGUUCAGCCUGCAAGUCAAGGCCAGUCUACUGAUCAUCCUAAUGGCCCCUAUGAGUAUCCAAGGGAACUAGUCUCCGCAACUCAAGAUCUGGAUGACUCCAAUCCAAAUGCUAUCAUGAUCGUGUGCCAACUUACGAAUACGAAUGGCCUUCAGCUUGAGUUUAGUUUUGAUUCUAGGGUGGUGGAUGCAGCGCAGAUGGAGCGAAUUGCCUCUCAAUUCGAGCACGUCUUGCGUCAAGUAUGCAUGGCCACAACGCAGCCUGUCGAUCACAUUCAGACUCUCAGUGGCACCGAUCUAGCAGAGCUAUGGGAGUGGAACUCGUCAGUCCCCCCGGCAAUUCCUGAAUGCGUGCACAGCUUGAUUACUACAACUGCGCAAGACUAUGGAGACCAACCAGCCAUCUGUGCCUGGAACGGCCAUUUAUCGUAUUUCGAGCUGGACCAACUUUCCAAGCAUUUGGCCUCGCACUUGAGAGCUUUUGGUGUUGGUCCCGGUAGCAUCAUUCCACUUUGCUUUGAGAAGUCCAUGUGGCAUCCAGUUGCAGCUCUUGGAGUGAUGAAGUCAGGGGCUGCGUGUCUCUCAAUGGAUUCGACUCAACCAGAAUCCCGACUACAGUCCAUUGUCAGACAAGUCAAUCCUCGGGUUGUGCUAGCAUCGGCCAAGACUGCUGGAUUGGCAGGUCAUUUAUCUGAUGCCGAGGUCAUGAUUAUUGACCAGGAUUACUUCGACUUAGUGGCUAAAGACACUCUCACCCAGCCUUUGCCCACAGUUCACCCAUCCGAUGUGCUAUAUGUGGUAUUCACCAGCGGCUCCACGGGAACACCUAAAGGCGUCGUGACUACACAUCAGAAUUUUGCAUCUGCCGCAGUGCAUCAGGCAGAGAUGCUGCGUAUUCAACCAGGCACACGCGUAUUCGACUUUGUCUCGUACAGCUUUGACGUAUCGUGGUCCAACACCCUUCAAACAUUGAUCCGCGGAGGCUGUCUUUGUAUUCCUAGCGAGUUGGAGCGCCGAAAUGAUAUUACAGGAGCGUUCAACCGCAUGAAUUGCAACUAUUCCUACUUCACCCCUUCCGUGGUCCGAUCCCUGGAGCCAUCAAGUAUGCCUGGACUCAAGACCCUGGCCAUGGGGGGUGAACCCAUUCCCACCACCGAGAUUGCUCGGUGGAAGCAGGCCGAGGCCGUCAUUGGAAUCUACGGUCCAGCUGAGUGUGCACAGGCCCUGACCUUCACACUUCUGCGGCCUAACGGGCCCAGCAAUCAUGUAGGGUACUCAUAUGGGGCCCGGGCAUGGCUGGUGCAACCGGGCUGUCCCGAUCGUCUGGCCGCGAUUGGCGCUGUAGGAGAGCUUCUCAUUGAGGGCCCCACGGUCAGUCGAGGGUACUUCGAUGACUCGGGAAAAACUGCGGCCGCGUAUAUCCACAACCCACCCUGGUUGUUGCAAGGCGCACCGAACCUCCCUGGCCGCCAGGCCACCCUAUACAAGACAGGUGACCUACUUCGAUACAACUCAGAUGGGUCGCUAAAUUUCUUCGGCCGUAAGGAUGGCAUGGUUAAGCUACGAGGCCAGCGGAUUGAGUUGGCUGAAGUAGAAUACCAUAUCCGUGCUAAUCUGCGCAAUUCUGAUCUGUGUGAUGGCCUUGCGGCAGAGAUCAUUACGCCCAACAACAGCGCUCCUAUUCUCGCCGUCUUUUUCGCCCUGUCUCCUCUUGAAAAGGCCCGGUCUGAGGAAGACACUUUAUUGGAGCUCACACGCUUGAUCGACGGUUUGGAGGACAGGCUUUCUAAUUGUCUACCGCAAUACAUGAUUCCUGGCGCCUACAUCCCCAUUGAAAAGAUUCCAAUGACUACCACGGACAAAACAGAUAGAAGAGCUCUACGGCAGUUGGGAGCCGUUCAGACUUUGGAGAAGCUGGCAAAACUACAGUCCCAUGGGAAGACCCAUCGCGCACCAACUACUGUCAUAGAACAGAAGCUGCAAGCACUAUGGUCGGUGGUUCUUGGAAUAGAUGCAAACAUCAUCAAUGCCGACAGCAACUUCCUCAGAAUCGGUGGAGAAUCCAUCGCAGCUAUGCGACUAGUGGCAGCGGCACAAAAUGAGAAGCUCUCGCUCACAGUCGCGGAUAUCUUCAACGCACCGCGGCUCUCUCAACUUGCACUUUUAGUGCAGGAAAUCACUACAGUGCAGUCUCUGCCAUUGUCGAGACCCUUCGCUUUGCUGGAGACUAAUGAUCCAAAGUCCUUCCUCGCUGACUUUGUCGAUCCGCUCCUCGACCCAGGGGCUGGGACUGUUCUGGAUGUACUUCCUUGCACCGAUUUCCAGACCUGUGCAAUUCUCGAUGCUUUCCAGAGUCCGCCCAGCCGAUUGCCGCAUUGGAUCUUCGAUCUUCCAGCGGAUGUCGACUUCUCGCGGUUAGAAUGGUCGUGCCGCAAGUUAAUAGACCAUCACGACAUCCUUCGUACGGUGUUCAUUCAAGCGCACGGUCGAUUCUGGCAGGUCGUACUGGAACAUUUGAAACCCCCGUAUGAUAACUUCCAGGCAUCUCAUAACGAUGAUAUCACGGCCUUUGUUGAUUCCAUUUGUGAGCUGGAUCAAAAAAGGAUUCGAACCUUUGGCUCUUCUUUGAUUCGAUUCAUGGCAGUGCGGAGUUCCUCUGGGCAGCACCGACUCAUCUUCCGGAUCUCGCACGCCCAAUUCGACGGCUUCAGCUGGGAUACAGUCCUCCGCAGUCUCUCUUCACUCUAUUGCGGGGACAAUCUCCCUAACCAACCGGAGUUUACCCAAUAUAUCACCUAUAGGGAGGAGGAAAAGGCAAACGCGCUCGCCUACUGGGCUUCACGACUCAAGCCCGCGCCGAAUCCCAACUGGAGUAGUGUUGAUUACUCCAACCGGGUGUACACUACAAUGGACCGGCUGACUGUGAAGGCGACAAUCCCAAUGCCCGAAAGCCGGUUGGUUGAGGGGAUGUCGCCCGCAACUUUAUUCCAUGCCGCCUGUGCGAUGGUACUGUCCCGCCAGUACCAACAGGCUCAUGUUGUUUUCGGUCGUCUGGUCACUGGCCGGUCGAUGCUACCGAGCAAUCUGCAAAAUGUGGUCGGUCCAUCUAUGACAGAGAUCCCUAUCAGCGUGCACAUUGAUGACCAUGCUACUCUUUCGAGCGUUGCAUUGCAAUUACAGCGUCAGAUUAUUGAGGAUGCCCGAUACGAAACCGCCGGGAUGGAUGAAAUUAUCCGGAACUGCACUGACUGGCCAGAUGACGCAAAGGACUUUGGCUGGCGGACCUCUUUCCAGCAAGAAGAUGAUCGCAACUUCAUUUUCCUUGGGACGGAAAGUCGGAUAUCAUUCUACGAACCGGAUCUGCUGCCUCGAAACCGACCAGAAAUUUAUGCUACUCCACGGGAUGGGAAGCUGGAUCUUGAGUUUGAGGGUAACCGACAGUUGAUCAGUGAGGAUGAUGUUCAGCGCUUCAUUCAAGGGCUGCAAAUAGUGUUGAGUAACGUUUGA